AGUUUUUCUUGUAAUUGUAAUGUAAUUAUAAUUGUGAGGACCGAAAUGUAAGUUACAAAGUAUGAAAUAUAGUUUAGGCCGAGGACUUCCCUGCUGGCCAUACGGAAUGUCAAAAGAUUGUCAAAAAAAUGUCAAAAUAUCAGGAACAUCAGAAUCGGACCUUCCGUGAAUUUCUCGCUCAUCCUACAAACAAGCCGAAGCCGGUGACAAACUCACAAUCUUUUGAAUUCAGCAAUUCUCUCAACUACUCAAAUCCUUCACUUCCCUUUACCUCUCCGUUGGCAAGGUCUCUCAAUUCGCAAUCGAUCAUGGAUUCAGAAGAAAAACAAAUUCAUGUAAUGUUCCUUCCCUACCUGGCACCAGGCCACAUGAUGCCAAUGGUGGACAUGGCUAGGCUAUUAGCCGGAAAUGGAUUAAAGGUCACCAUAAUCACCACCACCACGAAUGCCGCUCAGUUUAAGAAUGCAAUUGAUCGGGAUAUCAAAUCCGGUCGACAGAUUUCGUUGGCUACUGUCCGUUUCCCUAGCAUAGAAGCUGGUUUACCUGAAGGCUGCGAAAAUUUAUCCUCCACAACGACCCCUGAAAUGACUUUGAAGCUGUUUCACGGCAUAGAAUUGCUGCAACCACAUAUUAAAAUGAUCUUGCAGAAGCACCGCCCUGACUGCAUUGCCUCUGAUUAUCUCUUCCCAUGGACUGUUGAUGUUGCCAUUGAACUUGGCAUACCGAGGCUUGCCUUUAAUGGCAGUGGAUUCUUCAAUCUUUGUGUUGCAAACAGCAUUGAUUGUCAUCGACCUCACAACAAUGUCACAUCUGAGACGGAACAAUUUGUCAUUCCAGGCUUGCCAGACAAAGUAACCAUUACAAGAUCACAACUACCGGAUAUUGUCAAAGGCAAAAACGAAGUUUUCUCUGCUUUGUUUGAUAAACUGAAGGAGGCUGAGAGGAAAAGCUUUGGAGUGUUGAUGAAUAGCUUUUAUGAGUUAGAACCAGCCUAUGCUGAUCAUUUCAGAAAAGUCACUGGAAUCAAGGCGUGGCACUUGGGUCCUGUAUCUCUGUUCAAUAGAAAUGCCGAUGAUAGACUAGAAAGAGGUGGCAAGACUUCAAUACGUAAACAUAGCUGCCUGGAUUGGCUGGAAUCCAAGAAACCAAAGUCCGUUCUCUACAUUUGUUUCGGAAGCCUGACCAGAUUUAGCAAGACUCAAAUAUCAGAAAUUGCUAGUGCACUUGAAGAGUCGAGGCACUCUUUCAUUUGGGCUGUAGGAAAAAUCCUGAAAUCUGACAACGAAGAUAAAAACCUUGAUCGGCAGCAGGACUGGUGGCUGCCAGAAGAGUACGAAGAUAAGUUCAAGGAAAGUGGCAAAGGAUUGAUUAUAAAGGGAUGGGCCCCGCAGCUGCUAAUACUGGAGCACCCAGCAAUUGGAGGGUUUUUAACUCACUGCGGCUGGAACUCUAUCCUUGAAGGCAUUUGUGCCGGUCUGCCCAUGGUCACAUGGCCAAUUUUUGCAGAGCAGUUUUACAAUGAGAAGCUCAUAACUCAGGUGCUUAAAUUAGGAGUGCCAGUUGGCAAUGAGACUUGGAAAGUGUGGGCAAAUGAGGAAUCACCAUUGAUAAACAGACACAAAAUAGAGAAGGCAGUGAGAACUGUUAUGGGCGACACAGAUGAGGCAAUGGAGAUGAGAAAACAAGCAAGCAGACUAGCAGCAUUCGCGAAGAUUACAAUUGAAGAAGGCGGAUCGUCUUGUAAUGACUUGAAAGCCCUAAUUGAGGACAUCAGAACGUACAAAUACGCAACAGGGCGCGGGGAAUCAAGGUGAACCACUCAGCCCCUGCAGCGAAGAAACAAGGGGAUAACCGGUACAAUGACUUCCAAGUCAUUGUUUGGUCGACUCUUUGCAACGAAAAAGUAAAAUGAUUCUGAUUGCGUAAUACAGUUGUAGAAACCAAAGGAAUAUUGGACAAGCUUUAAUGUCCAAUACAAAAUAAAUUGCAGAAUAUCAUAUGAAUAUUGGACCACACCUUAAUGUCGAAACAUGCACAGUAGAAUUAAAUAGUCCUCUGGUUUAGUCAAACUUAAUAAAUCAACGUGAAAGCUUCUAGCAAUUGUGAAUUUCUGACAUGAUAUGCAUAAAAGAUUAGAGACCAUCUUAAUCUAACCAAUGCCGCUUCUGGUUAGAACUCGGCAGCUUCGGCAUUCUUCUCCCUUUGCCAUCCUACACGACACAAGCCACCUCCCACAAACACUAUCAAGUCAAUUUCCUUCCCUGGUUUCGCAUGAACCAACUCUAACAUCUAAAUCAAAUUUUAUUUAAUGAUAUUGCAUGCUUGGAAGUAUAUAAUUCAAUAUCAUACACGCUCUCAUUUAUAUAACAACAUAGCAUAGCUUACACUUGCUUUAACCAAUUCCAGCUGCAUCAGUCACGUUUCCCUUGCAACCCUUUUCCACAUUUCGUGCUGUUUUGCUGGAGGUAUAAAUAACAAUCUUAAUGGGCAAUCAAGAUAGGUUUGAUACUCAACAGUUGUCUUGUUGCUAACUUGCAAUGCAGGGAGGAACAUUGUCGCAAAGCAUGACUAAAAAACAUCCUUUAAUACAGAAAUGGGAAGCGUAGCUAUAA